GAGGCUUUGUGGAGGACUUUUGGUCAAACUCUCCUUCUCCUUUUGUAUUAGUUAUGAUCAAUAAAUAGAUCGACUUUCAUCAAUUAGAACAAGGAGGUGGCCAGUUCCCUUGUGGAAGAUGACAGAAUUGGUGGUUCUUGUGAUCCUCUUAAUGAUCUCUAAUCUUGGAACUUCACAGUCGAACAACAACAAUACGAAUACUACAAACACACCCAUUAGAUUAUCCUGCGGUAUUAACCCUGUGACGUCUUCAUCAAGCCUUUUCAGUAGCCUUGAUUCUACGAUUACUGAGCUCAGAAGCCAAUUGUGGAAUAAAGAUGUAUAUUUUGCUCGAGCACAUGAUCUGAGGAGCCUGGACUUGGUGUAUGGAUUAGCCCAGUGUAGGAACUACCUUUCCGCAGCCCAGUGUGUUACUUGCUUUGAUGCCGCAGUAUCUGCAAUCAAAACCUGCUCUUCUGUUACUGGUGCUUACGUUUUUCUCGACAACUGCUUUCUCAGGUUCGAAAACUAUCCUGAAUUUUACGAAGAUCCCCAAGCAAAGAUGGAUGUUAAGAUAGCUCCAACCCUGAUAUGUGGCAAUCAAUUAGCAUCUGAGACAACAAUUUUUAACCAAAUAGUAGGAGAGCUGUUAUCAGAUAUUCGGGUUGCUACUCCAAGAACCUCAAAUUUCUAUGUAGCAUCCACAAAGCGACUCCCAAGUGGCAAUACAACAAUAUAUGCAAUUGCACAGUGUGUUGAAAGCGUGACUCAGCCCAUUUGCGAACAAUGCAUGAAUAUAUCAUAUAACAAUCUCAACAGUUGUCCACCAAGUAAAGAAGGAAGGACGCUUGACUUUGGGUGCUUUCUGAGGUAUUCUCAGACUCCAUUUUUUCAAGAUAACCAGACAACCAACAUCAUACAUUUCCUAAGUAAAGGGAGUUCAAGAAAAUUAGGUAUGAUAAUCGGAGCAAGUGUUGGUGUAGGUAUCAUUUUGCUUAUCAUUGCUUCGUCUUUGCGGUAUAAACUACGGAAGAAGCCAAAAAUAGAUGAAGGCAAGCAUGAGUUGGAAGGGGUAAAAGCUUACAAAUAUACAGAUUUGCGGUUGGCAACACAUAACUUCAAGGAAGAAUAUAAAAUAGGAAAAGGAGGAUACGGUGAAGUAUUCAAGGCUGUUCUAGACAAUAAGAAUGUAGUGGCAGUGAAGAAGCUCCAUGAUGGGUAUGGUAAAUCAAAAUUGGAAUUCAACAAUGAAGUUAAGCUUAUAAGCAACAUACGUCACCGAAAUCUUAUGCAAUUACUUGGAUGGUCUAGUGAUGGACCUCAAGUACUUCUUGUCCUAGAAUACAUGCCACAAGGCAGCCUUGACAGAUUCUUAUGGGGUGAAAAGAGAGGAACUCUGAAUUGGAAACAACGCUUUGACAUUAUGGUUGGAAUUGCUAGGGGUCUUGUGCAUCUACACGAAGAAUUUCAUGUUAAAAUCAUUCAUAGAGAUAUAAAGUCAAACAACAUUCUCCUUGAUGAUAAUUUUCAACCAAAAAUUGCAGAUUUCGGGUUGGCUAGGGAUCAACCCGAGGAUCAAAGUCAUGUUAGCACCCUGUUUGCUGGGACACUAGGCUAUACUGCACCAGAGUAUGCAACCCACGGACAGUUAUCAGACAAAGUUGACACAUACAGCUUUGGCAUUGUGGCCCUUGAAAUCAUCAGUGGUCGGAGGGGGACUGCUGUCAACUUAGAUCCACAUGGAAAUAAUUACCUCCUUGAACAUGCAUGGGAGCUGUAUGAGAGUGGGAUGCAUAUUGAGCUGGUUGAUAAGGCUUUAGAUCCAAAUGAGUAUGAAGAAGAGAAUAUGAUGAAUAUGAUAGAGAUUGCUUUAUUGUGCACUCAGUCACCUGCUAAUCUAAGACCAAUCAUGUCAGAAGUUGUUUUAAUGUUGUCAAGUGGGGGAUCAUUUAGACGAUUACAGAUGACCAGGCCUACUGUCAUUCAUCAUCAUAGGAGGAUUCAUGUAGAUGCUAAAGGAUUACAUCAGAUGUAAAGUUUUUUGUACAUAUAUUAAGCCACGACUGAAACAGGGUUACCAAGUUUCUAGAACAAAUAUGAUCGACUCUAAUUGACUUAUUGGAAGUCUGUAAAGAGCAAAUAUGAUUUUUAUUUUAAAGUUAACGAAUGCGGCUAAAUAUGUUAAA